AAGAGUGUUCAGAAGAUGAUAGACACCUUCAGAAGGCGCUUAAAUUACAUUAAGGAUAAUUGCAGAUAUCUACAGUAUAUAGUAGCCGUUUGCGUUGGAGUUUUGGAAUUAUCCGUUAAUACGCAUCUGGUAUGGAUCUCACCAACACUACCGUGUUUAUUAUCAAACGAUUCGCCAAUCGGACGACCUCUUACUGACGAAGAGUCGUCAUGGGUGAUAGUUUCAAUGAAUAUAGGCGCACUUUGCGGUUGCGUAUUACUAGCGCUACUUUUCGACAUAUUAGGAAGAAAACCGAUCCUGUUACUCGGUGCCGUUUUGGUAUUCUCAUCCUGGAUUUUAAUUGGAGUGGCGACAUCGGUUGGUGUCUUGGCAUUUGGUCGCGUGGUAGGAGGACUGGGACAAGGAAUUUCUAUACCUUGCCUUAAUGUGUACAUAUGUGAAGUAUCGAGCAAAGAGAUCAGAGGAAAACUGGGGGCCAUUCCUGUGGUCGUAUCUGUAUUUGGAAAUGUAUUCGUCCUUACCGCAGGGCCAUAUCUAUCGUACACAAUUUUAAUCAUUUGCUGUGCCAUCUUUCCCGUUGUGUUCAUAGUUUUGUUUUCCUUUAUGCCAGAGUCUCCCUAUCACUUAAUAAAGAUAAACAAAGAAAGGGACGCUGAGAGAAGUUUGCAGCGAUUGUCGAAACACACAGUUUGCCAUUCUGAAAUAGAAGCAAUGCUACAGGAGAUCGUGGAAACUGCAAAACGUGACGAAUGUAGCCAAACAUUGCUGCAAUUACUACGUUUGAAGACUUUCAGGAAAUCACUCCUCAUUGUCGCUAUUGCAGAUAGUGUGAGAAUCUUCUCUGGUAUGAAUUUUAUAGGUUCCUAUCUUCAGGUGAUUAUAGGAACAAGCAACAUGGGACUAUCACAUGAAUUGUUUAGUGUAAUUUAUGGAUUAGUCCAGAUACCUUCCGUUCUAUUAUCAGGGGUGCUAGUGGAUAAGUUCGGAAGAAAACCGUUAUUUUGCAUAUCAUCAUUGGGUGCUGGUGUAGCAUUGAUUGUUGAAGGCAUCUACUUAUACCUCCAAAUGACAGUCGAUUUAAGUGCAGUCUCAUCACUUCCCAUUUUGUGUUUAACUUUGUUCAAAAUAUUUGUGUCUUUUGGAAUAUUCUACAUGCCACAGUUGUUUGGCGGUGAAUUAUUUUCAAUUAGCUCAAAAAAAAUGGGCAACCUCAUUUCUAUGUGCUAUUAUUAUACUUUGUCAUUUGUAUAUAUGAAAGUGUUCGGAACUCUAUCCACUGUAUGGGGUAUGUACACAAUAUUUUGGAUUUCCGCAGGCGCUUGUUUUUUGGGGGUGCCAUUUUCCUUAUACAUCUUGUUGGAAACUAAGGGCAAAAGCUUGGAGGAGAUUCAAAAUGACCUUUCGUCUACAGGGAAUGGGUCAUUGUGAUUAAAAUAUAAUAAGUUAGAUACUUUCAACAAAAAUCACCCACUAAGAUAAUAUGCUGUUAAUAAUUGUAUGCCAUAUGACAUAACGUAAUCAAAAAAGAAACUCUUAUAUAUUUUUUUUCCGCAACUUUUCAAACCAAAAUGUAUUUUUCAAUAUACCUU